AUGUAUCACAGCAACAGAUUCUUGACGGCCGGGCAUUCGCACACAGGAACGUCGCUCUACCAGUUUAAGGUAAUCACUACGCCUGGACAGGCCUCCAAUUGGACUGUAUCUCUUUACUUCACACGCGGCCCACCAGAAGAUACACCGGAGCGUGCCCAGCUGCUGAUACUCGUUCACGAUGCCCUUGUACGGUGGUCGCGUGACGAGCCGGACAUACCGAACCCUCUCAGAAACGAGAGCCCGGUGCGCCCGUCUAGUACCGCAUGCCGGAUGCCCACUACUAUUGUCGUGCAUGAACAUCUACAUCAAUCUUCAUCUUCGCACCCGCGGAACGACCCAAGACUACACAGCACGAUGUAUCUCUCGACUGAGACGCAAUACAGUACUCUCGGCUUCGGCUUCGGUGCCCAGAUCCAUGUCUACGAUGACUUGAACGACAGCAGCGGUAACCCCGUCGCUAGAAGGGGCCAGUAUCUGAUCGUCAAAAGUGCGCAAGAUAUCAUCAAGACAGAAACGCGUAUCUUCCUUGCGCCAGAGCUAAUUCGGCCGGCGACCCAACUUCCGAGUGGAUUCGUGCGCUACCAGAACGACCUUCACACCCGACCGGGAGUGGCAGCCCCCGAACUAUACUUUGGGCAGCUUGCUCCAAAUGUCGCUCAGCUGAACACGGGCCACUAUACUGCUAACGCCUCUUCUUCUGGUGCCAUACAAACUCAGACAGCGACCCAAUGGACGCAGAACAUGGGGUCCAUGCAACAAGGUCCUUACACUACGCAAUACUCCCAGUAUGCGCAACCUCAACAUGGCCACCACAUUCCUCCCGGACACCACACCGCUUCAACAUACCAGUCCCAGAACCCGCAGUAUAUUCAACCCCAGCACGCGCAGCAAGGUCCCUUCGCGCAACAGACCGCUCAGACCUACCCGGCGCAAUACCCACAGUACGCCCAGCCUCAGCAGACGCAGCAAGUUCCCUUCGUGCAGCAGACCGUCCAUGCCUCCUAUCAUCACGGCAAUCAUGGCGCCAGUGGAACGAGUAGCAGUCAAACCCAUAUCGCGGGAGGUAGUCAGAGCAGUCAAACGCCCUUGUUGCGGUAUCGACAGACUCCGAACGGUGUCGUGGAGCUGCGUUCUUGGGAUGGUGGAGUAUCUUGGCAUAAGAUCACAAGUACCCAGACGUUCGCCGACUCGUGA